CGCGAACGGCGGUGACUCAGCGACAUCGAACAUCUGGCAGUUACGAAUGUAAACAAUGGAGGGCAUUCGUCUUGUCACUUUUGUCUUAUUUGUCAUCAACGAAAGUGUUUUUUCCUUCGAUAUUACUGGCGGUUUCUUUGGUCAGCAGCCAAAGCAUCCAAAUCUCCGCUACUAUGAAGUCAUUGAUUCCACAGCCUUCAAUCACCAUGUUGUUAAGAGAGGAAUUAAAGAGAGCAAUCAUCGCUUCAAUAAGAUAAAGGAAGUCCAAUUCAGUGCAUUAGGAAGGGAUUUCCGCUUGAUUCUCAAUCCCCGGAAAGGACUUCUUCACUCACAGUUCAAAGCAUAUGCCAUAGAUGGUGCAGGAAAUGAGAAGAUCAUUCAUGUGGACCAUGAGAACUUUUACGAAGGUCGUGUGUUUGGAGAGAAGAUGUCGGAAGUGUCAGCCCACUUGGAGGAUGGAGUAAUGACAGCAACCAUACACACUCCUGAUGACACAUACCAUGUAGAGCCAUCAUGGAGACAUAUACCAGAUGCCAAAGACGAUUCAAUGAUCGUGUACCGAGGAUCAGAUGUGAAAUACAGCUGGGAAGACAACCAUCCGACUCUCAAAGGACAUAAAAUGUGUGAUUACGUCAAGGAAGGAAAUGAAACAACAGAGAUGGAUGAUGAAGAAGAAUGGAUAGAAGGUUAUGAGCCUCCCAUCGAAAGCUUUCCUGAGACUCUGCCUGAGGAGCACAGCCCCAAAAGGAGGGUCAAGAGACAACAGGCAGAACCUUACAACUUCAAUGGGGACAAGACACGAUGUCCGCUGUUACUAGUGGCUGAUUACCGCUUCUUCAGGGAAAUGGGUGGUUCUAACUACAAGACCACAGUCAACUACCUGAUCAACCUCAUUGAUCGUGUGGACAAAAUCUAUGAAAACACUGUUUGGAAGGAUGGGGUAGACACAGCAGAUUUUUCUGGCAUGGGCUUUGUCAUUAAAAAGAUUUUAGUGCACCAGGAAUGGUCACCUGUAGGUUCCAACCAAGUUCACUAUAAUAUGGAACGCAACUCAUGGGAUGUGCGUAACCUCUUAGAGGUGUUUAGCCGAGAGUACUCUCAUAAGGAUUACUGCUUGGCACAUCUCUUCACCGACAUUAAGUUUGAAGGGGGAAUCUUGGGCCUUGCUUAUGUAGGAUCUCCUCGCAGGAACUCAGUUGGUGGAAUCUGCACUCCAGAAUACUUUAAGAAUGGACACACUCUCUACCUGAAUUCCGGCCUGAGUUCAUCCAGGAACCACUAUGGGCAGAGAGUGAUCACUCGUGAGGCAGAUCUUGUCACAGCACACGAGUUUGGACACAACUGGGGCUCAGAGCAUGACCCAGACCGACCGGAGUGCAGCCCCAGUGCCAGUCAAGGAGGAUCAUAUCUCAUGUACACAUAUUCUGUGUCUGGUUAUGACAUUAACAACAAGAGGUUCUCCCCAUGCAGUCUGAGAGCAAUCCGUGCUGUCCUAGUAGCCAAGUCCUCUCGCUGCUUCACUGAGCCAGAAGAGAGUUACUGCGGCAACCAGCGUGUAGAAGGCCAAGAGCAAUGUGAUGCAGGACUAGUAGGUCAGGAUGAUGUAGACUUGUGUUGUGACAAGCACUGCAAACUGAGGGAUGGGGCAACCUGCAGUGAUCGUAACUCACCCUGCUGCCACGGCUGCCAGUAUAUGAGUCAGGGCGUAAAAUGUAGGGAGCAACAGCCAGCUACAUGUGAGAAUGAGUCCAGGUGUCUAGGCACUACAGCAGUCUGCCCCAAAGCAAAACCCAUGGAUGAUGGCACUCCAUGCAUUGAGAAGGGCCAGUGCCACCAGGGAUCCUGCCUUCCCUACUGUGAGACACAGGAGAUGCAGAGCUGCAUGUGUGAUACCAUUGAUGACGCUUGUAAAAGGUGCUGUCGCAAGACACUAAAUGACACCUGCUUCCCUGUCAUGCCCUUGGAUAUUCUCCCAGAUGGAACUCCUUGUAUUCAUGGGUUUUGUAACAAGGGGAAGUGCGAGAAGACGGUGCAGGAUGUUGUUGAGCGUUUCUGGGACAUCAUAGAGGACAUCAAUAUUAACACUGUGCUGAUGUUCUUGCGGGACAAUAUUGUAGGGACAGUCAUCAUCAUCUCAGUCAUCAUCUGGGUUCCAGCAUCAUGCAUUUUCAGUUAUGUUGAUCGCCGUCGACAAGAGGACUACUGCAAAUAUGUCCGUUGGUAUUAUAGCAAUGAGCUUAUUCACCCAACUGACAGUGUUCGCAUUAUAGACAGCAAACGUACACGGAUACAUGAGCCUGGCCGUGUCCAAGAUGCAACUAACCGUGUGCUAGAGUCUGGUGGGCGUCCACAUGACCCAGGGACACGAGCGCACGACACGAGAGAUCCUCCUGAAGGUGCAGAAAGCCGCCAGAAUCUCAAUACUCCUCAAUGCCCUCCAGUGUCACAGCACUACACAAGUGCCAUGUAGUUGUGUGACUGUGGAUUUCGUUCGGAGAAAUGGUGAUAUUAUUUUUUAAUCCAGAAGAAUUCUUUUGGAAAGAAUGUAGGACUUUUUCAUGCCAAUUUUACACUUUUAGAUUUAACAGUUCCUGGAGUAGUCCAUAUCAAAUCAGUCCUUUUUGAUAAAGCUGUAUAUACAAAAAGCAUUUGAGAACAGUAUUCACAAUCUGAAGAAUCAGCAAGACCCAGAUAUUUUCUAACUUUUGAAAAUUGAUAGACAUUCUGUGUAGAUUAGUGGGAAGCACCAACAGCUGACACACAUGAUCAUCCAUUGUGUUGGAGUAACUGACAGUAGUGCAGAUGAUAAGUUGAAAGGCAUUAGGUCACUAUCAGGGAUCUCAUAGUAGCUUGGAGUUUGGAGUAUGGAGUGAACCAUGUCAUUGUGGAAAUGUUUGUUAAAGUAUUUUGUUCAUGGUUACUACCAGUAUUUAUAAUGAUCGUGCAAACCAAAGUUUCACUCACAUCAUUGAUCUCAGUAUUUACCAAGGAAUUGAUAUUUUUUACACCAAUUUAAAGUUACACAAACAAAUAUAUACUUAUAACUGAUAUUAUAAGAAACAUACAUAAAAAGAUAACUUAUUAAUAACAAAUAUCUUACUUCAGAAACAUUGUAACACUAGCACACACCCAGACAUUUCAUAAUAACAUUCCAUACAUUCUAAGUAUUAAGGCAUUAUAGUUCAUAUUUCAGGAAUUUCUGUGGUUGUGACAUUUCUUUAAUUUGUUAGAAAAUCUUUUAGAAUUUUUUUAGGAAUGAAAUUAUGUGGAAUACAACUGGAUAGUUUUGUUACGAAACUCUUUAUGUAUAUAUUGCCAUUUGCCAAUGUCAUUUGUUUCUUGGUAGAAUUAUUAAAAGAUGUUAAGGUAAGCUUUUAUCCAUUAUUAAGAUAAUAUGUAACAUAUUCAGCUAAGAGGCAGUUACAGUAAUUAUAGGAUUUAAGUUUAUGUAAUUUUAGGGUUUAUUGUUGGAUAGUUAUGUUUCAGAAUUGUAAAUGAGAUUUUCAGUUUGAAAAUAUUGAAUAUUUGAUUUUGUAAUUAUAUGAAACUAAUAACAUUCUUUACUGAUUGGUGACGAGAGACAUGCUAUCACAUAAUGGCAAAUAAUUAUAGACUAUAGGAUGACACCUCAAUGUAUCAUAAGUCAGUGUUCCAAUCACCAAGAUGAGGUCAUAAACCUUCCUGUGACAGGCAGUCGCCCAAGCGCAGAAUGACGCACAGGAAUGUAUACCCAUUACCCAUUUUGUAAGUUUAAUGCAUCUAAAGACCAAUAGAUGUUAUAUGUGUUUUAAAUAGUAUUCCAAUAGUUAUGUUUUGCCAUUUAGACUAAUGUUCUGUCCUAGAAAAGGUCCAUCAAUGGAAGCCUUGCAGCGUACAUCCAUAAUUCAUAACCUUUCAGUGGACAUGUUCUCUAAGUACCCUUUUCUUUUAAAUCAGUAUUCUCAUCUUCUUUAUCAAAUUCAUAUUAAUUUUCCAGUUGUACAUGGCUUGAAAACAUCUUUGCCUCACAGUAUUAGCCAUCAUGGUAGGAUUAAUUAAUAUAUGAUCAUUUAUGUUAAAAGUGUAACAUUUUGUGUGGGUUAUGUUAUCAGUGUGACAAAUCACACAAGGUUAAUGGCAAUAAGAUAUGCAGUGCUCUUAGAACUGUGAGUAGAGAAUGUGUUAAAGUACGAAGUGACAAGAAUCCCCUAACAAUGGAGAAGGGACACUUGCCAAUGUAGUAUUGAAAUUCCUAGAGCAUAGUAUUUUUUUUUCUUUUUUCUUUUUUCUUUCCCCCAUCAAGUUUAAUAAAAACUGCUAAAAAAUACUGAAAAUACACUUAUUUAGUCUUUUUAUAUUUGAAUUUUGUUUUUUUAUAUAAUAUAAACAUAAUUUGAAGCUUUACAUAAUUUUAAAUACCACCUUGCAUUCUGAGGAUAGUUUAUGAAACUGACAAAUAUAGAAAAAAAAAACUUU